AUGACGCGGAAGGCGUACCGCUCGUCGCUCUCGGACAGUGUCCACCCGGGGGGACCCACGACUAUGGACGUGCUCAUGCGGUGGAUGACGAUGCCCGGCAACGCUAAGCGCUGGCGCAUGGAAGCGCACGGUCCGCUCAUCCGCGAGGUCGUGGAGACGAUGCAGGACGAGGGACUGGCGCACCGCAAAGCGCCGUUCGUGCGCUAUAAACUGGACGCCAUGGAGAAGCAGUACGUUGCGGCCAAGCAGUGGCUAUUGGAGACGGGGAUGCACGAUGCGUACGUGCGGGGGAAAGCAGCGAAAGAGGUCCGCGUGCAGGUGGAGAGCGUGUGCCCGCAGUUCAAGCGACUGGACGUGGCGUUCCGAGGGCUGCCGUUCAGCAAGAAGAGUGCCGAGACGAUUGAUCUGGACGGCGAAAGCACAGACGACUUGGCCGCGGGGCGAGGCGGUGAGGACGAGAGUGGGGACGAGGGAGAGGAAGCGGGCGGGGCCGAGGUGGACAAGAGAGACGAGCAGCGGGACAAGGAGCAGUCGUCAGUGGGAACCGCCGUGGGGACGAAAGAAGGUCAUGUUGGAGCCAAGGAACUGACGAGCAACAAGGCUCUCGAGGCGAACGCAAUGUCGAAGGCGCUGCUGACGAAGGGGACGUUCAAACACCGACUUUUUUCGUCGAUGGGCAAAGCUGCUCAAAACAAAGCUCUGGCAUCUAUCGAUCUGCAGAAAAAGCUAGCCAGGACACCUGGAAAAGAGGGCGCUGUCGGAAAAGAAAAGGCUGUUACACUUGUUGCGCAGCAACCGAAGACUGCUGCUCUAUCGUUGUCUGCCGCUAUCGUGGAUGGCACUGCCGCGGAACACGCUUCGACGCCAACGACGUCGCAAAAGAACAAAAGCAAUAAUGGUCGGCAUCAGUCUCUGUCAGCGGCUGUAGACUUAGGAAUGGAGCAAGCUGCACCCAAAGCUGGUGUGAACACUCUGGUGCUGAUCGGUAAGAAGAAAAGGGGACGGCCUUCGAAAGUUGCCGCCGCUGUACCUGUUGCGGCGAUUAAUGUGGAGGAGAGUGCGAUGAUGACGAACGAAAGGAAGGAGAUGGUGUCAAAAGCGAUAGCUUUGACACAUAAACGGAAGGUUCUGGAGAAGGAACAGAGUGUAGUGAAGCGUACACGAGUGCAAGAGCGAGACGGGACGGACGGACAACUGUUGGCGAUCGAGCGCGAGGCGCUGUUGAAGCGCGUAAAGGAUGAGCAGAAACAACGGUACGAAGUGUACGAGCUUGAGCGCGCCAAAUUGGACUGCGAGCUCAAGUCGAAGCAAGUUCAGCUGCUGUUUGAGAAGGCUUCUGCGCGAAAGAAGCUGGACCAGCUUGGCGUUUCUCAGGAAGAGAUUGAUCGCAUUUUGCCGUUAUGA